AUGGCACGAACAAAGGCGCAAGGACGGAAGGGCAAAUCCGCAAGCCGCGACGUGCAUGGUGAGAGAAAGAAAGCAGACGUAGAGCGCAAGAAAGUGAAAGAUAAAGCUAAGGCAAAGGGCAAGGUCAAACAUGCAGCAAAAGUCGCAAAAGAGGAGAAGAAGCGCCAAGCCCGAGGUACUGCCACAUUUGAUCAAGAUGCAGACAACGGCUUUAUUGAAUUUGCGGUAGACGAAGAUAAAUCUCAAGACGCUUUACAGAAGAAUCUUGAGCCACAGGAAGAUAAAAAGCGUGAAUUACAACUGACAUCGCGGCCGUGGAUGAAACAAAGCACGAGAUGUGUCAACAGUAAUGUAUACGAAUGUCUUCACGAAGAAAUUAUGAACUUUGUCGUCUUUGUAAGCCCCACAGAAGAAGAAUUAAGGUGUAGAUUACAGCUUGUCGACGAAAUGCGUGACAUCAUCAAAGAUCUUUGGCCUGAGGCUAUUGUCGAAACUUUUGGGUCGCAUUACACGCAAAUGUUUUUGCCUCAGAGCGACAUUGACAUGGUACUUCUUGGUGUUCCUGAGGGAAAACAGCCGCUCUACAAAUUAGCAGAGCGACUUGAGGAGCGAGAUUGUGUAAGCUAUCUUGAAGUGAUUGAUAAGGCAAGAAUUCCCAUUGUCAAGAUGGUACAUAAGGCGAGCAGUAUUCAUGUGGACGUGUCGUUCAAUAUUUCUGGCGGCUUGGCUACUGGAGAUCUCGUUAAGCACUACAUGAGAGUAUAUCCGUCCUUUCGACCGCUGACUCUUGUACUCAAGUAUUUUAUGGCGCAACGAGGAUUGAACGAGACUUAUACGGGUGGAGUUGGCUCUUUCCUGCUGCAAAUGAUGGUGGUGAGCUUCUUACAGCAUCACGGGCGUGUGCUAGGAGCUAAUCAUGACAACCCAAAAUUUAAUAAUCUGGGACAUUUGCUCUUGGACUUUUUCACGUUGUACGGACGCGACUUCAACUACACAGAUCUUGCUAUUUCCGUGCGCAACGGUGGUUCAUACUUUCUCAAGGAAUCGCGCUACUGGUACGACGAUUGUAGACCAUUCCUUAUCUCGAUUGAAAAUCCAAAUGAGCCGAGCCUUGAUAUCGGCAAAAAUUCGUAUGAAAUGCGCACUGUUAAGCGAUCGUUUGACUAUGCCCGACAGGUAUUACAAAAUGAAAUACACCGCCAUGGUCGUUUCAAGUCGCUUUCUGGUAGCAUUUUGGGCACGAUUAUCCAGGCAGAUAGCAAAUUGGUAAAUAGAAAGCCUCCUACACGAUUCGGGUAUGAUAUUUUGCAUCACGAUCCUGUUCGGACAGCUGAGAUCCGCAAACAGUACGAGGCUCGACGUGAUGAAGAAGCAAGCAAAAAGCGCAAAAUAGAGACAAUGCAGAGUACCCGACAGAAUACGAAUAAUGAACCUCCGUACAAGCGUUGGCGAGGACGUACGAAUCGAGCUUACUAA